AUGAUUAUUUAUUGUUCAUUAAUUAUAUUUAUAUCAUUCUGGAUAACAUGUUCCAUAAUUAAUAAUAUCCUUAAACAAAAUCAACCUAUUACGUUGGAAAAAGAAAAUUUUUCAUGGUACAAUUAUAUUCGGCAUCUACUUAUUACACUAUAUAACGAUUCACGAUUUGUUACAAUUUUAACUGCAAAAAAUGAAGUAAAAUUAUCACAUUCAGAUAAAAUUAAAAUUAAAUCAGAUCAACGCCAUAAGAAGAUUAAAUCAUUUGACCCGUUGUUAAAUACAGUUGAUGGACGAGUGCAUUUUUUAACUGAAACUGUAUGCCAAAGAUUUAUUGCUACUUGGUACAAGAGUUUGAUUAGUUGUUCACAAAAUGAAGAUGAUAUGUUCUGCGAUGAAUCCAAGGUAAUUUUGGAUUCAUUGUUUAAAAGGUUACUGUUUACAAUUCCAUUUAUUAAUACGGAUAAAGUAGUUGUGGAAUGUUUGGCGGUUAUACUUAGACAUUUAAAGGAAUUUCGUCGAGCGAAAAAACGAAUUAUAAAACAAUAUAGUGAUGAUAUGGAAAAUGCAUAUAGAUAUAUUUUGCCACAAAAUAAAAAGGAAGAAACAUUAGAAUUACAUGCGCAUAAAUUAACAAUAAAUGUAAUGCGUGAAUUUAUCACAUGGGAAUUAUGGAAUUCAUUCCCAUGCAACCUUUUAGUAUCGAUACUAUCGCAGAAAGUAACAUUGUAUAUCAUCAAUAGUAUAUCAAAACCUGAUUGGUUAAUAAACACAAUGUAUUAUUUAUUGAAUCCAGUAGUUGAACCUUCAAUUUCGGAUGAUAAAAUUGUCGUAAUCGACACUAUCGAUUCAUUAACCAAAAAAGAGUCCUUGUCGCCCAAUGACGAUAAAGGAUCUCUAUUACCGAUUGAAGAGAAUGUUAAUGUGCAAUCGCAAAGCGCAACACCUUUACCUAAUCUCACAGCAGAGCAGUCAAAGCUUGUACACCGUGAAAAACCAGCCGAAGUUUAUUUUGCUGAUCCAGAUUCAAGUAAAUUAGAUCCUUUGGCACCUAUUAUAUUGGGAAACGAUAAUUUAAUUGAAGAGCCGUUAGCAGAAUCUGAUAAAGCUAUGCCUUUGAUUUUAGAUUGUACGGACAGUUUAGAUUGGUCACAUUUUUCGGAAAAUAAUAAAAUUCCAGAAUCAAUACCUACUACAUUAACCGUUAGUUAUAAAACAGUGGUACCAAAUGUUAAAGAAUAUCAAAGUACAGAUGUUAUUUCACCAUCAGCAUGGAAUGUAGACGAUUAUGAUUUUAUUGCAAUGGGACAAGAUUUAUUGGCACAAACAUCUGAUUUGAAUUUAGGAAAACAUUUAUGGAAUUUUUCUGCAGAUUCAGAGGAGAGCAGUAGCACCACUAGUGUUCAACAACCAAAGCGAACAACGGAAUUAGAAUCUCGAGCACUCGAACCAUCACGGAAUGGAGCAAUUCCAAAUACAAAUGGAAAUGGUACCUCGGAUUCACAUACUCAUUCAGUUUCAAUGAGUUCACUAUUCAAUAAAGAAUUUCAACAACGAUCUGCUGCCUCAGUAUCCGAUGCCAUGCAUAAAAUUGGUGACUUGCAGGACGAGGCUGCCGGUUAUGUUGAAGGUAUUAUUGAUUUUGGUAUGGCAGGACUUAAAAAGGGGCUGCGUUUAACGGGAUUGCAGGACAAUACAACUAUAAAAUUUACAAAAACAAGUCCUAAAAGCGAAACAGAAAAAUUGCAUAGUUCAGCCGAUUCUGAGGAUCUCGAAAAAGUAUUAUCGAAUAUACAUAGUACUUUAGAUGCAGAAUUGGGAGAUUCUCCAGAAUACGAAGAGCCUACAGAUUUAGCAUCAUCUGUUGCAAAAUUAAAAUCAAUAAUUCAACAAAAAACAUCUGCUGAAUCUGCUUCAAAUACACCAGACGUUAGUCCCAUGUAUGGUGAUCCAGCCGAAGGAUCUAUUGAUAUUCAGGAUUCAAAUUAUGGUAUUCCUAAAUCCAUGCCGUUAACUGAUAAUCUAUUUGCACGUGUUACUGGUGUUUUUAAUACAAUACGUACAGCAUUACCUGGAAAUACGGGUGAUUUAGUACCACAAAAUACGGUUUUUAACACAACCACUUUACAUCCAAUGAGUCAACGAUGGAUGUAUUCCGAACGCGAAGAUGUCAACAACGAAGUUCAAAACCUGAUUAAAGUGUUAUUAGUGGAACGAAGUGAUUUUUGUAAUAUUGAUACCGCGUAUGAGGCUGUGGAUAGUUUCGAUUUUACAGAUAACGCAAACACAAAACCUACAAAUAUAACAUCUACGUCAGUACCUGGUGCUAAUAUUAAAACUGAUGUAAAACCUCCAAGCACCCCUCAUGAUACAUCGUACGAUGAUGAUUUGGACGAAUGUUUUUCAAAUAUACCCAAAUGUCAUUUGUUAAUGGAUAUAGUUUGUGAAUUACUAAAAGAUACAAUGAAUUGUACGGGCCAAGAACCCAUAGUUCGAUCAGUAUUAUUAUUGUUUGGUAAUUGGUUGGAAGAUGUAAUAAGCAAUUUUUCAAAAGCUGUUAUUCAUAAAUCAGAUAAUAUUGACAGUUUAUUAAAAAAUAUGUCAAAUCAAACGCAAAAAGAUGUCUCAGAAGAGGAAUUAAUUACACUUAUCGAAAAUAGUAUUCCAGGUUAUAUACAAACGGUAAUAGGUAAGCAUGAUAUCGAACAAGCAAUUCGAUUCUUUUUAGAAUCAUUCAAAUACGAUAGUAUAAACAGAGAUAUUUUUGUUACGAUAUUAGAAAUAAUUACUACAAAUGUUAUUCAAUCGAAUUUAGAAGUUACACCAAAACCUGCUCUUUUUAAAUAA